AUUUUAUUUGUACAUUAAAUUACCUCCGCAUCUUAAAGUGUAUUUAUAGCUGCGAUGCUUACUUUUGUGCAUUUGAAUAAAAAGAGGGAACAAGGAGCGUUGAAAAUCCUCGAGAUGGGGAAAGGGAAUAAUUACGCUAGACGAGGCGGAAAAGAAACUCAGCGCCGAGAUGUGCGGCGGUUGUGAAGCGACAGGAAUGGAGAAAUUUGUUGCUUUGAUUGCUCUGGUCCUGCUGAAUCUGGCUACUCCAAGCUGUGCCCGUACCCACCCGCCCGGCUACUUUUUCAACGUCACCUUGCCCCCUGAAGUUUUCGCCGAAAUAGCGCAAGAAAAAGGUGCCGACACUACCGUUUUCAGAGCCGAGAGCAAAGGACCUUGCAGAUGCCUCGAGGGAAUAUGCAAAUGUUGCACUGGCGUGUCGUUUGCAUCGCUUGGGCAAGAAUUUUGUGCAAACAUGCAGUAUGACCAAAGCGAGUUUGAAAUGGCCGUGAGCAUCACGAUGAAUAACAAAAUGCUGUACAAACGGGUCGUCUCAGGAAAGAAUCCGCGGCCGGUCUGCAUACCGGUUCCGCGUCUGCGGUUCGUGACGCUGUGCACCAAGUUCUCAAACGUGUACCUGGCCGGUCCCAACAUCCACACGUGCAUCGACAUGGAGGGCCGCGUUUUUGGUGAGCCCAUGUUCGAGAUGUCCUUCGACUGCGUCAAGGUCGGUAUGGAGGGCGUAGCGCUGUUGUCGCCCGAGGAGGGUGGCGUGUCCGCAGGCGGCGGCCAGACGAGUGACCAGCAGCCGCAGAAGCCGUCCAACGUCGAUGACGUCUACGACCAGCUCGACCCCGAGGACUACACUAACGAUAACCUCCAGGAGGACGUUUAUGAACCUACUCCAAUUACGCCGGUGAAGAAAACAAAAAAGAAGCCCAAACCCACGCCGAGACCAGCGAGCAAGACUUCUGAUUCCCACAUUGUCAGGAUCCAACCAAUGCGUGUGGAAGGAAAAGUGAAUCUGCCCUCAUUGCCAACAACAACUUUUAUAGAAAUCGAAGAAAUACAUAAAACCAACAGGAGACCGAGAGAAUAGAAUUAAUUUCUCUUUUUCAUUAUGCACAAGAAUAAUUUCCGUAAUAUUUAUAACAAUAGUGUAAACACGAUAAAUAUGACUGACAAAAUGUGACUUUUUCAAUUAUUUUAAAAUUUCUCCAGCUGUGUGAAAUUAAGAGAAAUAAAAAUAUUUCAAGAAAUGAAAUUCAAGUAUUUAUUU